UUUCUCUUCCUGAUCAUCAGUCUCCCGUCUGAAGAUCCUGAAGCUAUCCUACAAAGCAUUCUAUAGCCUAGCUGCAUUGAGAACUGCAGUUAAACGAUAAUACUGUAUGUGAUGGAUUAAUCUCUCACACAUUCUUAGAUGUCUGUUGUCAAGCCAUCCAGAUGCGCUGACACACAGACGCUCUCGCGCUGUAGUCCACCCCUCCCUUUCGAUUCAAACCUUAUUCGAUGCUAUGCGUCCACGCGCGUAUGUGCGCGACAGGAGCAGAUUUGACAGUAUCUAACCGCGCUGCCCGAGAGCAACGAGAACACACGUAUACGAGGGUCAACGGGAACCGACAACGCACCACAGAGAGCUGACUUGGCACAGAGGAGGAGGCGAGUCCUGUGAAAAUUGUGUCCCCUGCACAGUCAUGGCCUCGAAGCUCAAUCCAAAUGUACUUUAUGUCCGGGAGCCCCGGCAGUCCCUGACCUCUCUGGACCCUCAACCCGAGGCAGGUGACGAGUCAUCGGACAGUGACGGGGAGCCAGAGGAGACCUCGCACAAACUCAUCCGAAAAGUAUCCACUUCUGGGCAGAUUCGAGCCAAGAAGAGUGUGAAGGAGGGUCUUCUACUCAAACAGACCAGCUCUUUUCAGAGAUGGAAGAGGAGGUAUUUCAAACUGCGAGGCAGGACUCUCUACUAUGCCAAAGAUUCAAAGUCUCUCAUAUUUGAUGAGGUCGACCUCUCAGAUGCCAGCGUGGCUGAGACCAGCACCAAGAACAUCAACAACAGUUUCACAGUUAUCACUCCAUUCCGUAAGCUGAUGUUGUGUGCGGAGAGCAGGAAGGAGAUGGAAGACUGGAUCAGUGCUUUGAAGUCUGUACAGAAAUGGGAGACUUAUGAGGCCAGUCAGUUUAACAUGGAGCACUUCUCCGGGAUGCAUAACUGGUACGCCUGCUCUCACGCCCGGCCCACUUUCUGCAACGUGUGUCGAGAGGCUCUGCCGGGGGUCACCUCUCAUGGUCUUUCCUGUGAAGUGUGUAAGUUCAAAGCCCACAAGCGCUGUGCCAUACGAUCCACAAAUAACUGUAAGUGGACCACUCUGGCAUCUAUAGGAAAUGACAUCAUAGAAGAUGAGGACGGAGUGUCAAUGCCUCACCAGUGGUUGGAGGGGAACCUGCCGGUCAGUGCUAAGUGUGUGGUGUGUGAUCGAAACUGCGGUAGCGUACGUCGACUACAGGACUGGAGAUGCCUCUGGUGCAAAGCCAUCGUGCAUAACAGCUGUAAGGAGCAGUUGGGAAAGGUUUGUCCUCUGGGUCAGUGUAAGGUCUCCAUCAUUCCGCCCACUGCACUUAACAGCAUCGACUCUGACGGCUUCUGGAAGGCCACCAGUCCAUCUUGCUCAAGUCCUCUGCUGGUGCUAGCGAACAGUAAGAGUGGAGACAACCAGGGAGUGAAGUUCCUGCGCAGGUUUAAGCAGCUAUUAAACCCUGCACAGGUCUUUGACCUCAUGAAUGGCGGCCCACAGCUGGGGCUUCGUCUCUUCCAGAAGUUUGAGACCUUUCGUACCCUGGUGUGUGGGGGAGAUGGGAGCGUGGGCUGGGUUCUGUCUGAACUGGACAAACUCAGCUUGCACAAACAGUGCCAGCUGGGUGUGUUGCCGCUGGGCACAGGAAAUGACCUGGCACGUGUGCUGGGAUGGGGAGGAUUGUGUGACGAUGAUGCUCAGCUGCUGGAGAUACUGGAGAAACUAGAGAGAGCUACAACCAAGAUGCUGGACAGAUGGAGUGUGAUGACCUAUGAAGUGCCCACCAAACAGACUCCCUCUAUCGUAAAGGAGGAGGACCCAUCAGACUGUCCCCUACAGAUUACACAAUAUGCUGAUUCUGUUGCCACUCACUUGACCAAAAUCCUGGACUCUGACAAACACAGUGACAUUAUAUCAUCUGCUAAGUUUCUGUGUGGAACAGUUAAUGAUUUUGUGGCUGAGGUCGGCAAAGCUUAUGAACGGGCCACAGAGAAUAAAGAGGAGGCUGAUGCUAUGGCGAAGAAGUGUGCCAUGUUGAACGAGAAGCUAGACUCUCUGGUUAAGGCUCUCAGUAAAGACGCCAAUGCCCAGCUGGUGCCUUCUGGGUCAAUCUCACCAGACGAGAGCAACUCUGAUCAGUCCAGACCCUUCAGAUCAAGAGAGCAGCUGAUGCUGAGGGCCAACAGCCUGAAGAAAGCACUCCGACAAAUCAUAGAUCAGGCAGAAAAAGUGGUGGAUGAGCAGAACAGACACACCCAGGUGCAGAGAAUAUCAUCCUCCUCAUCAAUCAAAAGAGGCAGCAGUGAGGACCUCAAGGAGGCGGAGCCACGUCAAAACAGUCAACUACUCAAUCCAACUACUACAGCCCCUAUUUUGCUGGAGAAGUCAGAGAGCUUCAGCCCUGUGCUUUUCUCAGAAGAGUCUGUGCAGUGCACGGAAAAGUGUGUGAUGAAUAACUAUUUUGGCAUUGGGCUGGAUGCCAAAAUCUCUCUAGAGUUCAACAACAAAAGAGACGUGCACCCAAAAAAGUGCAGUAGUCGCACUAAAAACAUGAUGUGGUACGGAGUGUUAGGGACCAAAGAACUGGUGCAAAAAACCUACAAGAACCUGGAACAAAGAGUCCAACUGGAGUGUGAUGGAGUGCCCAUGUCCUUGCCGAGUCUUCAGGGUCUUGCUGUUUUGAACAUCCCCAGCUAUGCAGGAGGAAUUAAUUUCUGGGGUGGCACCAAAGAGGACAACAAUUUUGGGGCUCCAUCUUUUGAUGAUAAGAAGUUGGAGGUGGUGGCUGUGUUCGGCAGCAUGCAGAUGGCCAUGUCUCGAGUCAUCAACCUACAGCAUCACCGUAUCACACAGUGUCGGCAGGUGAAGAUCACUAUUCUGGGUGAUGAAGGUGUGCCAGUGCAGGUGGACGGUGAGGCCUGGAUCCAGCCUCCUGGCAUCGUCCAAAUUGUCCACAAGAACCGAGCGCAGAUGCUCACCAGAGACCGGGCGUUCGAGAGCACGCUGAAAUCAUGGGAGGACAAGCGGAAAGGUGACAGCCGGCCAGCCCGACCCCGACUGAAUUCCCAGCAGUCCAUGGAGUAUCUGAGUGAAGAGGAAUGUGCGCAGGUCCAGCAGCUUGGUUUAGUGGCCGACACACUCAUCAACAGGAUCCGAGAGGUGGCUAAGACUCAUAAGGUGGUGGAGCAGGAAUUGGCUCACUCUGUCAAUGCCAGCGCUGCGGUCCUGAGUGAAGCCUUCCCCUCCAAACCCUCCAGCCCUGAGGGUUUGAGUCGCAGUACAGCUGUAGACAUUGUCAACAGCAGUAAAGUUCUCCAGCAAGAGACCAAGAUGCUGCUAGAGGGAAAACUGCUGCAGUUGGAGUCUUCUCAAAAAGAGGAGCUUCUUUCCACAGUGGACAGUCUCAGCACCGAGUUACACAAGCUGGAGGACAUUCACUGGAUCUGGCCCAGCAUGCACUGCUCUGAGGAGAACCAGGACCUGUCCCGUAUGCCAGGUAAAAGCAGUAUGAAGCUGAAAAUCAUGCCCAAGGGGAAGAAGGAGAGAGAGAGGUUACAUAAACAGCGGUCCAGCGGCUCUCUGUCAGGCUCGUGGGAUAUCAAAGGCGGGAUGUAUGAUUUUGAUUCUGUGGGUAACUGAGGAGCUGAAGUGGUUUGUGGCACCUCUGUCAUGAGGACACACUCUGCCACGGGACACUGCUUUACGGCCAGUGAGGGAGGACGCCAGACCCACUCCAGUGUUUGUGAGCGGCACAGCACUGCAGGAAGUGGAUCAUCCAUCAUCUCUCUGUUUUCAGCAAUGCAACUCCUGUGCAUCACCUUACCUAAUCUGUUCUGUUUUCUAAUCUUAUUUUAUCAUCUUGCUACUUUUUGUCUCUUUUUAUUAACACUCAAGCUGUCAGACACAAACUAUAAAACUUUAUUUGCUCUCCAAAGAAAAAAACAAAAAACAUUUCUUUGGCCCCAAUCCUGUCGCCGCCUGAACAACAAGAAAGGAACAAAUGAACUCAAAACAGUUGUUUUGAAAUGAAGACAAACAAGUGCAAAAAAAAAAAAGGAAUAUCCUGAUGAAUGAAUGUAUGGUGGACCUGUAUUAUACGUCAAACUGGCUGAAUAGUUCAUCAGCAUCAAGUCUCUGUAUCUCUCUAUCAAAAGAUCAUCAUUUCUGCAUGCCUUUAAUGCCCUUAUGCAGAACAAAAGGUCUAUUUUUUUCUUUUAACUCUCGGAUCGUCAGCCAAGCCGUGAUGGUGUGUCGCUAGUGUCUCAAUUGAGCCGUUGUUCUAGAAGCUUCAGUGCCGUAACUCUUGUGCCAAGUGAGUAAAUGGAGCGCAGUGGUUUAAAGUGAGCUGUUUCUUUACUCCUUUCUGCAGGAAAACGUGAUGAAAGGAAGUGAUGCUGUAUGUCGUACAUUUCAACGUAUUUGAUCUCGCCUUGCACUUUAAUAUAGAAAACAACUGUUUAAAAAUGCAAACUUAAAAGGUUGAGUGUUUUUUGUCUUAAGAAAACUGGUAUCCCAUUCAUGGAAAACCUAUGAUGGGAUAUGUUACAUAUAAGACAGUAUAUAAUCCAACUUCUGAAUGUUACUAAACUGUGGCCCCUUUUCAGGGGUCAGCACAUGGAAACCCUGAGGGAAAGCGAAACUUGAACUUGCCUAAUGUGUGGAUCACAAACAGUAUUUAUCAACAGACACGUAACAGUAACACGUUUCCAUUGAAAGAAAUAAUAUACACAAUACUGGACAAUUUCAUUAUUUUCUUGAUAGUUGUGAGCCAAUGUCUAACAGUAUUGCUCUGUAAAAAAGAAAAAGACGUUACAAAUAUGGUCUUGAUAUGACAGUUUGAUGGACAGUCGAGGUGAUGAUUGUGCCUCUAAAACUUGGACUGUAUUUUUUCUUAUUUUGCAUGUCUUUGUUUUAAACGUCCUCAUUUGUGAUGAAUUGUUGCUGUGUGCUGUUUAGUUUUGAUUGACAUAGAAAACAUUACUUUGACCAUCUCCGCGUACCAACACAUCGGUUAUGACUGUGGUAAUCGGGUACAAGCGGAAGGCAAUGAUUUUAUGAACAGAAAAUGUAUUUUUGAAUUUUUCUUUGAACAGAGAAAAUGAACCAAAACAGAAGAGAUUGAUUUUUUUUUAUUUGCUGGUACCAAUCCUCUUCAUUGUCAAGACUACUGUUUACUUUUAAGAUGUAUUAUUUAUCCUUUUUAUUUAAAACAUUUUUGCCAUAAGGGUUGCAGUCAAGCUUCCAUGGCCUUGGACUCUGUCUGACUGCAGACACCUACUUCAGGAUUGUUGCUGUCAAACUUGACUCAAAAAUAAAGUGUGGCCAUUGCUGUUUGACUUGUA